AGGACGCGUGCGCCGUCGGCGCUGCCAAGCGCAUGCGCGGCGCAGCCAUGCGGGUGGUGAUUGGUGGAGGGACUGGCUUCGUGGGCAGAGCCCUGACCCAGCUGCUGCGGAGCCGCGGGCACCAAGUGACCUACGUGUCUCGACAGGGGGGCAAGGAUCGGAUCAGCUGGGAAGAGUUGUCCCGCACCGGACUGCCCCUGUGCGAUGCCGUGGUCAACUUGGCUGGCGAAAAUGUGCUCAACCCUUUCCGCAGAUGGGGUGAUGCCUUCUGCAGGGAAGUCAUCAGCAGCCGGGUUGAGACCACAAAGACCUUGGCCAAAGCCAUUGUUGAUGCUGAACAGCCACCCCGUGCUUGGGUCCUCGUCACUGGCGUAGGCUAUUACUGCCCCAGCCCCACAGCUGAGUAUACUGAAGACAGUCCUGGAGGGAAUUUUGACUUCUUCUCACGCCUGGUGAGCUCCUGGGAGACUGCAGCUCUCAUCCCUGGGAGCCCGGCUCGUGGAGUUGUGGUGAGAUCAGGUGUAGUGCUGGGUCGAGAUGGUGGUGCAAUCUCUCAAAUGCUUUGGCCUUUCCGUCUGGGACUUGGAGGCCCCUUGGGCUCUGGGCUCCAGCCCUUCCCAUGGAUCCAUAUUCGAGACCUGGCUGGGAUCGUGUGUCACGCCCUGGAAAGUGAGUGCCUGCAAGGUGUCCUCAAUGGUGUUGCCCCAUCCUCCCCUUCCACCUCCAACAGCACCUUUGCUCGGGAGUUUGCUGCAGCCCUGGGGCGUCCAGCCCUGCUGCCAGUGCCUGCCUGGGCUGUGCGGGCUGUCUUUGGGGCAGAGCGGGCUGUCAUGCUGCUGGAGGGACAGAGGGUGCUGCCAAAACGCACCCUGGAGAGUGGCUACUGCUUCAUCUUCCCUGACCUGGCUGGAGCUCUGAAGGACAUUGUGGCUUGAGGCCUCCUUGGCUGGGCCGGGCCCUGUUUUUGUGAGCUCACAUGCACUCACCUGGGUGAAAGAGGGGAGCCCUGCCCCUUGACACUUCCCCAUCCCCAUCCAGAGAGGGUGAGCGAUCUUUUCCCCAUCUGUCUCCCUGUGUGCACCCCCAGUUUGAGUCAUCCCCCUUACUGCCAUCUGCAAUCUCUGCAUUAGCUGCAUUGCAUUUGGGGAAGGGCACAAGCCCCUCAAAGGAUUGUGACUGUGGAAUUGCACAUCUUUCCUUUUCCACAAUGUGCAUGUGAACUGCUGGCAAAGCAGCUGGGGGUGUAAUAUCUUCUUCCCUGAGAGGUGGGUGGCAGCAGGAAACUGGUUGUAGUUAUUAGCUGUUGUAAUUCUUCCAUGGUACUGGAAGUUUUUCCCCAUCUUUCCUCCAUGAUGACAUAAAAACCUACUUAUGCUCUUCUGCUUUGCCUUUCUCAAUCUCAGUGGUUGUGCUGGUUUAAAGGUAAACUGGCAGGGGAAAUGAACCCAACUCAAAAGAGAUUAUAAGUUGGAAUAACAAUUUAAUAAAAGUAAUACAAUAAAUACAAUUAUACAGACGAACAAUUGGUUUUAGCCCACAAAAACCCAGAUGUAUAACCCAGCACUCUGGGGCAUGAACAGAAUGUUGUUCGUUGGCUCCUGUGCUGAGCCCCACGUGGUCCCCUGAGUCCAAAAGUAAAAGG